GAGUAAUGUUGGUGAUGACCGAUUUUUCAGUUAAUUAAGUUUCGUCAUCCAUGUAUACUGUUGGAUAAGAUUCGUCACCCCCUCUUUUUUCAACUCGAGCAUUCAACACAGGCCUCUCUACAUAAAUGCAUGUACUAAUGCUAGCGAAUACUCGCCACAAGGGGGCGCACUCGAAUGGGGAGUCUCCGCACUCCAGUCCCGCAUACCGAACGAUGCCGAAUCUCGUCACCCAAGUCCGCAAUGGUGUAACAAUACUCGGUGCAAUCCGGUUGAGGCAUCAUUCGCUUAGCGUAAUAUCCAGUCUACAGGAUCACACAGAACUCGCUCUCAACUAUCAAUCAUCAUCAUGUCAGGUCGAGGAAAAGGAGGAAAGGGACUCGGAAAGGGUGGUGCCAAACGUCAUCGCAAGGUUCUACGAGACAACAUCCAAGGCAUUACCAAGCCUGCAAUCCAUCGACUUGCUAGAAGGGGAGGUGUCAAGAGGAUCUCUGGUCUCAUCUACGAAGAGACACGCGGUGUACUGAAGGUCUUCCUGGAGAAUGUCAUCCGUGAUGCAGUCACCUACUGCGAGCACGCCAAGCGAAAGACUGUCACAGCCAUGGACGUGGUGUAUGCACUAAAGAGGCAGGGUCGUACAUUGUACGGCUUCGGCGGCUAAGUGUAGCAGACCUCUCUCUCUCCUGGCUAGAAUAACAAACGGCUCUUUUCAGAGCCACCAAAUAAUCAAGAAAGAAUACUGUUGUAUGUUAUGUUAAUACCGUCAAGAAAGUAAAGAAAGAAGAAAGAAGAAGAAAUAAGCCGUUAAUAUAAGGCAAAAACGAAUAAUGACUGUAAAUACCUCCCAGAAGAGGAGAUAUAGUGAGUGGUACAGACAGAUGAAAGGCAAAUCAUGAAACAGAAAGCAGUGAAUGAAAUUUAGGUUGGGCAAGAAGGGUGUGUCUAUUCCAAAAGAAAGGCAGAUUAUGAAACAGAAAGCAGUAAGAAAUUUAGUUAGAAAUAGUGUAUAGACAUUGGCAUUUGUA